GGCACCUAAAUGUCAAAUUUUAAUUGACAUCCCUGACACGUAAAUUUAAUAAAAGUUGUAAUUUCUAAAAUAAUUAACUGUAAAACCUUAAUAUGUUUAAUUUAAAAGAUGAUAUAGAAUCCCUACGUUUGUGGCGUGAAAAUAUUGAUAGAAAAAGUAGAGAAAUAAUUAAACUUUGGCAAAGUACAAUAGAAGACAAUUUGGAGAAUUUAGGAAACGAAAAAUUUGUUGUGCUUGAACAAGCCUGUGUGGCAGCCCUUGAUACCUAUGAAUUAAAUGUGGCUAAAAGAUGUAUUCAAUUAUUGAAUUCAGCUUUUCCAAACAGCAUAAGGGUGAGAACUCUUGAAGCUAUGUGGUUUGAGGUAGAUGAGAAGUAUGAAGAGGCCAUGCACAUUCUUGAAAAUAUUAUUAAGCAAGAUUCAACCAAUAGUGCUGCUAGAAAAAGAAAAAUCGCAAUAUUAAAAGCCCAGGGAAAAUCUAUUGAAGCUAUUAAAGAACUUACUGAUUAUCUUAAAAUUUAUAUGGCAGAUAUUGAAGCCUGGCAGGAAUUGAGUGAAUUAUACUUGAAUGAAAAUGAAUUCAACAAGGCUGCUUUUUGCGUAGAAGAAUUAAUCAUACACAAUCCUCACAAUCAUUUAUUGCACCAAAGAUAUGCGGAUAUUAAGUAUUCUCAGGGUGGUCAAGAAAAUAUAGAAAUAGCAAAAAAUUAUUAUUGCCAGGCUUUAAAACUAAAUCCAAAUAAUAUUAGGGCUCUUUAUGGGGUUUAUUUGACUGGAACUCACACUUCGAUUACGAAAAAUGCACAAAAAAAGAAAGAUUCUUCCAAGUUAGUCGAAUGGAGUGUAAAAGAAAUUGAAAAAAGAUAUUCCAAAGUUUCAUCUCCACUUUCAGACUUGGAGGAAAGAUUAGCAGCACUAGAAGUUUAAUUUUAUAAAUAAAGGUAACUGAACUUUUACUGCUUUAAUCUGUAUUAGUUAAAUCAUUGGUGUACCUAAGAUAUUUGUUGUUUUUUAUCAUACAGAUUGGAAAUUGUAUAAAAUUUAUAUUCCAUAUUAAAUUACAAAGCAAAGCUAGAUUCAUUAUUUAUUAUUUACAUCAAAUGCAAAUUUUAAUAAAAAAAAUAGUUUAA